AUGUCGGGAAAUGAAAAUAGCAAAUAUUUAACAACUAAACGUGAUUAUAAUGAAACUGUAAAAGCUUAUAUUGAGAGGAUUAGUAAAAAUAAGAUAAUAAAUUUCAUCUGUUGGACUGAGAUUGAUGAAAAACUAGAAUAUAUUGAUACUGGUGGUUCUGGUGUUAUUACAAAGGCGAAAUGGAUAGAAAAGAACAUAACUGUUGUGUUGAAGGCAGUGGGAGUUUGCGAAGAAACAAAUUCAGAUAAUAAUGAGUUUAUUAAAGAGAUUAAGGCUUUUCAUAAUAUUGGUCUAGUACAUUCAAGUAUAACGAUUGAAAAAAAUAAAGAAAAAACAUCUCUCGUAGGAUAUAAAAAUGUAAUCAAAUUUUUUGGUGUAUCGAGCGACGAAUCAGUCCUUUACCUUAUACUUGAGUACGCAGAUCUCGGUAAUUUGCGUUAUUAUCUAAGCAAAAAUACUAUAAAUUGGGAACAGAAGGUCGAUAUUGCAAGACAGGUUACCGAUGGACUAUAUUUUUUACAUAAAAAUGAAAUUUUACAUCGUGACUUACAUACUAAAAAUGUGGUUAUCCAAAAAGAUGGAGAUGGUGUUAGAGUCAUUAUUACAGAUUUUGGACGUUCAAAAGUUCUUCCUCGUAAUAGCAAAUCAAAUCAGGAAAUUGGAGGAUGCGUACCAUUUGUAGCCCCUGAGAUUUUAAAUCAUAAUGCGGCACCUGAUUUCAAGUCUGAUAUAUAUAGCCUUGGUGUAGUUAUGUGGGAAAUCACAAGCAAUGGUCGACCUCCGUUUAAAAAAUGUAAUAUCAAUGCUACAAGAGUUGCACUUCUUCAACUUUCACUCAAAAUAAUAGAAGGAACUCGAGAAAACCCUAUAAUUGGGACCACUAUCUCUUAUGUUAAGCUCUAUACAAGUUGCUGGGAUGGGAAUUCUGAAUUGCGGCCGGAGAUUGAAGAGGUAUAUAAAUCAUUACAUCAAGAAGAGAUAAUAUCAGGUGAAAAAUGGAAAGAUUCAUCACAAAGUUGUAUUUCUGAUACUGAUAUCGGUCAAAUAAAAUCCAGUGAGAAAAAUUUAGAAUCUAAUAGGACCAAUGACGAAAAAAUUUUUAAUAAAAUUUCUGAGAUGUUUGGACGGCUUUCUACCGAAGAUCUUGAGAUGAUUGAACAAUUUUCUGUUGAUAAUCCUGGCGCAAUGCUUCGUUUAGUCCAAGCUGCUGCUGCUCAUCAAAAAAAAGUUUCCAGUUCAGAAACAAAUGGACAGUGA